AUGGCUAUCGGCGGAAUUGCUCUUGAUGUCUCCGGCACAGCCAACAUAGACGCUAAAAUCACAGCCGCGGUCGUCAUGACUUGCGUUGUGGCUGCCUCAAGCGGUCUCAUCUUUGGCUACGACAUUGGAAUUUCAGGAGGUGUAACAACGAUGAAGCCGUUUCUUGAGAAGUUUUUUCCAUCGGUUCUUAGAAAAGCUUCCGAAGCUAAGACGAAUGUGUAUUGCGUCUACGAUAGCCAACUUCUAACGGCUUUCACAUCAAGCCUUUAUAUAGCCGGCUUAGUCGCUUCCUUAGUGGCUAGCCGUCUCACGGCGGCUUACGGUCGACGCACCACCAUGAUUCUCGGCGGUUUUACUUUCCUCUUCGGUGCGGUCAUCAACGGCUUAGCCGAAAACAUAGCCAUGCUCAUCUCGGGUCGGAUUUUGCUCGGAUUUGGUGUCGGCUUCACAAACCAAGCGGCGCCGGUGUAUCUAUCGGAGGUAGCUCCGCCGCGAUGGCGUGGAGCUUUCAACUCCGGCUUUCAAUUCUUCAUCGGGGUCGGAGUUGUAGCAGCCAAUAUGAUAAACUACGGCACGGCCAACCACCGUAACGGCUGGCGAAUCUCAUUAGGUCUCGCCGCCGUACCAGCCGCGAUCAUGACCGUCGGAACUCUAACCAUCUCCGACACACCUUCUAGCCUCUUGGCGCGUGGGAAACACGAUCACGCUCGCGCGUCGUUGCUAAAACUACGUGGCACCGAGAACAGAGCUGACGUGGAAACAGAGCUGGCUGAGCUGGUUAAGUCGAGUCAGUUAGUCAUUGAAGCUAAACCCGAGCCGUUUAGGACCAUGCUUGAGAGACGGUACAGGCCUCAGCUUGUGGUUGCAGUGGCGAUUCCUUGUUUUCAGCAGUUAACCGGAAUCACGGUUAAUGCGUUCUACGCGCCGGCUCUGUUUCGUUCGGUCGGGUUUGGUUCUGGUCCGGCUCUUAUUGCGACGGUUAUACUCGGGUUGGUUAAUCUUGGUUCGAUUCUUGUAUCAACCAUGGUUAUUGAUCGGUUUGGUAGACGGUUCUUGUUCAUUGCUGGUGGUAUUCAGAUGUUUGUCUGUCAGGUGGCAGUGGCUGGAUUGCUAGCGGCGACAGUGGGAGCAGUCGGGAGGGGAGAAAUGACAAAGGGCUACGCCGUGACGGUGGUGGUGUUGUUAUGCAUAUACGCGGCUGGUUUCGGAUGGUCGUGGGGUCCACUGAGCUGGCUGGUCCCGAGUGAGAUUUUCCCGCUUAAGAUGCGACCAGCUGGUCAGAGCUUGAGCGUAGCCGUUAACUUUGCAGCAACGUUUGCUCUUUCUCAGACGUUCCUCGCCACGCUCUGCCGUUUUAAGUACGGUGCGUUCUUGUUUUACGGCGGGUGGAUCUUGAUAAUGACGGUAUUCGUUGUGAUGUUCUUGCCGGAGACGAAAGGGAUCCAUGUGGAUUCCAUGUACCAAGUUUGGGAGAAGCAUUGGUUUUGGCGACGGUUUACCAAACCGACUUCAAUUUGA